CCUCUCCGCGUAUACCAACAUGGAUGCUUUCCAGAGCAUUUUAAAAUUUUUCCUUAAUCAGAAAACUGUUAUUGGCUAUAGCUUCAUGGCCCUGCUGACUGUGGGAAGCGAGCGUCUCUUUUCACUUGUGGCUUUUAAGUGCCCCUGCAGUGCCGAGAACACCGCCUACGGGCUGGUUUUCCUCUUGGCUCCAGCCUGGGUGCUACUGAUCCUGGGAUUCUUUCUGAACAACAAGUCAUGGAAACUCUUCACUGGCUGCUGUGUGAAUCCCAGGAAAAUCUUUCCAAGGGGUGACAGUUGCCGUUUCUUCUAUGUCCUUGGUGAGAUUACUCUCAGUUCAUUGGUGGCUCCUGUGAUGUGGCUCUCUGUGGCUUUGCUCAAUGGAACUUUUUAUGAAUGUGCCAUGAGUGGGACGAAAAGUUCGAGACUCCUGGAAAUGAUUUGCAAUGGCAAACCAAAAGAGUGCUGGGAAGAACUUUACAGAGUAUCUUGUGGCAAAACAAGCAUGCAACCUAUGGACACCGAAGAACUGAAAUUGUCCCUUCAAGCCCAGUCUCAGAUUCUAGGAUGGUGCCUGAUUUGUUCCGCAUCUUUCUUCUCACUGCUCACCACUUGUUAUGCUCGCUGCCGAUCUAAAGUAAGCCACCUUCAGCUGAGUUUUUGGAAGACGUAUGCACAAAAGGAGAAGGAACAGUUGGAAAAUACGUUUCUGGAAUAUGCCACCAAGUUGAGUGAGAGGAACCUGAAGUGCUUUUUUGAAAACAAGCGGCCUGAGAUCUUCCCCAUGCCUUCUUUUGCUGCCUGGGAGGCAGCCUCACAGCUGCAUUCAUUCCACCAAAGUCAGCAACACUACAGCACUCUCCACAAGGUGGUGGAAGAUGGAUUGGAACCUACCUCUGGGGAUGAGGAGACAACCAUGAUUCUUGUGGGCAGCGCCCAAAAUCUGUAACUCAUCCCUCAUCCCUCAUCUCCGACUCGUAGUGUUAAGUGCUAUGUGCACUUAAUCAUCCUCCUACUGUGUCAAAAACAGCCUUUUCUCUUGGGUUCCCCACCUUUAGAGUUUCUUUACAAGAAAAUAAUACAUGGAGAAACUGUUUUGAUACACUCAAGUGCAGUGUAGGAUGUGUUCAAACUGAUGCCAAGAGGUGUCAAAAAGUUGUUCUUCACUGGGGGUGGGUGGGCACAGUAGGUCUAAAUGUCUCUACAAAAGACAUGCAAGAGGUUCUGUUGCUCUCUAUAAAUAUUCAUCAUGAUGUGUGAGGACAGAAGCAAUGGCUUGUGAGUGAGCCAGAGACUCCUGUCACAGAGAGCAGAAGUUCUUGUCCUCUGAAUCUCAUUGUCUUUCACGAAUAUGUACAUUUGUAACGUUUGGAAUUCAUUCCCCCAAAAUCUGAGUACUCAAAAACAAACAAAUGAAAGUAUAUCAUGCUUCAAAUUCUGAGUUUUUCCCAUGUGUUCAUGCUCUAUCCUGAAACUGUUCCUGGAAACAGGCCUAGAUCAUGAAUUUGGUGGGUUCAGGCCACUUCUGACUUCAUGCAUCACUUUCUACAGUAACAAUA